AUGGGCGAGGCAGCUGUCCGCGGCCCACCACACCAUCCCCCCCUCCCCAUCCUCAUCAUUGGCUCUGGAAUAACGGGCCUGGCGCUCGCCCAAGGCCUCCGCAAGGCCGGCAUCCCGUGUACCGUCUUCGAGAAGAACACCGCCCGCCAUGGCGAGCGCGACUGGAACAUGGGCCUGCACUGGGGCGCCCCCGUCCUCAAGAGCCUCAUGCCCGACGCCUGGUGGGACGGCAUCCAGAGCCUCCAGGUCGAUCCCAGCGUGCCGACCAAGGACCACGACACGCUCAAAUGGCUCCGCGGAGACACGGGCGAGCUCAUCGCCGCCAUGACGUUUGGGCCCUUUUACCGCCUGCGAAGAAGUAAGCUGCGCGACGUGCUCGCCCACCGUGUCGACGUGCACUACGACAAGCGCCUGCACGCCGUGUCGUAUGCACCCGACGGCCUCUCGGUCACGGCCCAUUUCGCUGACGGCACCACGGCCACGGGAAGCAUGCUGGUCGGUGCCGACGGUGCUCGCUCGGCCACGCGUGAGAUGCUGCUGGGCCGCGAGCUGGGUGCAAUCAGCCACAUCCCGUAUGCCGCGACGUUUGUCCACUCGACAUUCUCAAAGCAUCAGGCCCUCUACCUCCGGUCCUUCCACCCACUCUACCUGGCAUCGGCCCAUCCAAACAACCUCUUUGCCUUCUUCGGCCUGCAGCACGCCCCCGACGCCGACGACCCCUCGUCGUGGACCUUUUUCUACUACAUCUCGUGGCGCUGCACGCUCGAGGAGCACGAGGCGGCCAAGAGCUGGUCCGACGCCCAGCUCCUUGCCCAGCAAAAGGAGUUUGCCAAAGACUUUUGCGACCCCUGGAAGAGUGCUUAUGAAUGGACCCCAGAAGACGCCUCCGUCUGGAAUCUCGGGCUCACAGAGUGGGAUCCGGGCCUGGACGGCCAUCGCUGGGACAACCACCGUGGACGCGUCACCCUGGUCGGCGAUGCUUGCCAUCCAAUGACGUAUCAGCGCGGACAGGGCCUGAACCACUCGGUCACCGACGCAGCAAAUUUGUGCGAGGCCAUCAAAAGGAUGGCUGCCGGCGACGACAGGCAGGCUACCAUGACAGCCUUUGAGGACGAAAUGAUCAAGCGAGGCGGCGCCGAGGUCAGGGACUGCACCGCCAACACGGCCAUGCUGCACGACUGGGAGCGCGUCCGACAGAGUCCUCUUUUUACAAAGGGCAUGAGCAAGACGCAGAACGAGGCUUGAGCACAGGCCGGGCUUGCUUCUUGUCAAUGAUUUUACGAAAGCAGUCUCGGUUGAGCCCUUACCUGAUGGAUGGUAGAGUACUACUAGCUGCUAACUACAUACAUACAUACAGCAUACAUGGUAG